AUGGAAGAAAUUGAAUCAACCUUCUUGUGGUUUUUUUCCCCAAUUUUUUAUUUGGCAGAUUCUUCAGAAAAAAAUUCCUCCUCUGAUUAUUUUUGUGCUGAUUUUAAAGGAAAAAUAUUGACAAAAGUUGAAACUGAAUUCAGUGAAGAUGAAGAAGCUUUGAUAAUCAGGAUGUACAAUUUGCUUGGCAAGAGGUGGUCUCUUAUAGCUGGAAGAAUCCCGGGAAGAACUACAGAGGAGAUUGUGAAGUAUUGGAACACUAGAUCCACCACUAGCCAAUAACAAUGUCAAAAUCUUUUGGAUCCCUUCUUGAACGAAUAAAUUUUUAUAUAGAAAUAAAAUAUUUUGUAGAAA